UUUUGGAUGUACUCCCUCCGUCCCAUUUUCCUUUGUAACUAUCCAUUUCUUCUUACUCUAAAUUAAAAUAUUCUAAUUAAUUUUUUCUCGCUAUUUAUUCCGUCUAACAACUCCUUCUAAAACAUCCUGGGUGGGACGGGACGAAUUCCGGGAUACUUUCGAGGAUCUCGGAAGCUAUGGAAAGUUCUUGGCUCUAGAAUGAGAGGAGAAGGGGAAGAAAAAUCCGGUGAAUUGAACUGGGGUGCUACAAAUAUGGGGAUUAACUACAUGGUUUCUCCUUGGCAUAUCCUUCACAACAGAGCUAAAUUCCGAGAGCUGUUUAAUGAGAGUGGUGUUCUGAAGAGUUUUCUUGAUAAGUCUUGUAUGUCAGCUCUGGAAACAAAGAUGAGAGAUGCUGAGCUUCUUUUUGAUUCUCACACCAGACUCUGGCUUAAUCAAUCGGAUAUCCUCUUCUUUGUUGAGGAAAUGUCUGCUCAUGCCUUGCUGGUUUCUCUCCACCGCACUCUCAACUCUGCUGGACUGCGUAACACAGCUCCUCUCAAAUCCCUCCGCGAAAUGGUAACUAUCUUGCUCAAUUUUCUAGGAAAUGCUUCUAAUUAUAUGCCAAUCCUGGAAUCAAAUAUCAGGGAAGCUGCUCAUAAGGCAGAAGAAGCUCUUAUUGAAUUCCAAUUUCCUCACAAGUUUAGGGUGUCCCACUCAAUCGUAUAUUAUCGCCAUGCCUUGCUCUUCGUGCUUUUAAGAUUCUUGCGCUAUAUGUUGUUUUGUGCAUGCUACGUGCCAGAUACUAUACCUUUUGGUUUUGGAAUUGUAACGGAAUUGUGUAUAGCAUUUGCAUCCUGCAUUAGCACUGCUAUAGUUGUACUCAGAGUUUUAGGAGCUGAGUACAACUCUAAGGCUCCAGAAAACGAAGAGUUGCAUCGUGCCAUAAAUGAUUUCAGCAUGGUCGUGAGAGAUGUGAUCAAGAUAGAGGAGGCUGGUGGCAACCAAACUGACUUUCCGGCUUAUGUUUCUGCUGCUGCUUCGUUUAGACAGGAAAUAGGAGGCAGUGGCCAAGAUGUUGUAGUAGUGGGACUUGAUAGUAACUUGAAAGAGAUAAAGGAUCGUUUGUUUCAAGAUUCCCCGGAACUCAAACUUGCCACCAUAGUAGGAAUAGGGGGCAUUGGUAAAAGUACUCUUGCUGAGCAAGUUUACAAAGAUCCAGAUAUUCUUGACCGUUUUGAUAUCCGUGCUUGGGUCAGAGUUUCUCAAGAGUACUCUGUGCGCCAUGUCUUACUCGGCAUUCUGAAUACUACAGAGAGGCUCACACACGAAAGGCGUGAAGAUAGCGAAGAGGAAUUGGCUUUGUAUCUCCACAAAAUUCUCAUGUACAGGAGGUAUAUAAUCAUAAUGGAUGAUGUAUUGGACACACACAUAUGGGAAUUCUUGAAUAGAUACCUUCCUGAUAAUAACAAUGGAAGUCGACUACUUUUGACUUCUCGGCUGCAAAAUGUGGCCUCUCAAUUGGACUCUAGCAGCAAGCCGUAUCAAAUGCGAUGCCUCAGUGAUGAUAAAAGUUGGGAACUGCUUUGCAGAAAGGUUUUUGGAGCACAAGGUUGUCGAGUAGAAUUGGAGUCCGUUGGAAGGGAGAUUAGUCAGAAUUGUUGAGGACUUCCUCUUGCAAUUGUUGUUAUUGGAGGUCUCCUCUUUAAGGACUCCGAUAUCCAAGUCUGGAGAGAUGUAGCAGAAAAAAUGAAAAAAUCAGAAUUGCUGUAUAUGAAAGUGCAUUGCUUGGAGAUACUAGGCUUGAGCUAUAACCACUUGCCCCAACAUUUGAGACUCUGCUUCUUGUACAUGGGGGCUUCUUUGCAGGGAAAUUGUGAGAUAUCUAAAUCUAGACUUGUAAAUUGCUGAGGGGUUUGUGCACGAAUGUCCAAAUAGAGUUUACACAAUGGAAGAGAUGGCUGGGAAGUAUCUGCAAGCACUUGUUGACCGAAACCUGAUUUUGGUUUGUAAGAGGAGUUGUAGUGGAAAGAUCAGAAGAUGCAGCAUGCAUCAACUCUUAAGAGAUGUAUGUGUCCGAAUUGCUUCCACGCACAACUUUCUGCACGUUGUUGAGUCUGGGGGAUGUGUGACCAAUGAAAGGCCUUAUAGUACUCCGCGAAGACUAAGCAUUCAUCCUGAUGCUCUACAUGUUAAAUCCACAGAUAAAUUGUGGAAUUCUUAUCACAGUGUUCUUUCUGUUCUCUGCAUUGCUAGUCAACCAGUUAAAAAUCCAAUAGUUAUCUUCUCAAGAUUCAUGUUUCUCCUAGUACUAGAUGUUCUUCAAGUUCACUUUGUUGAGUUUCCUCGUGACAUCAUUAAAUGUUUUCGUCUAAAAUAUCUUGCUUUACACUAUGAUGGUUCACUCCCUCGAUCCAUAUCCAAACUCAAGUAUCUUCAAACAAUUGUCCACCAUUUUUCAUUUCGCAACUAUUGCUUACUUCCUAUGGUGAUCUGGGAUAUGCCUUCUCUUAGGCAUCUUUAUAUGAAGCCAGGUUGCUACUUAUCAAAACCUUUUAGGUGGCCUUUUCCCCUGAGUUUACCGAGUCUUCCAUUCUUGCAAACGCUUGUGGGAAUUAGAAACUUCAAAUGGAGCAAAGGCAUCAUUGGAAGAAUUCCCAAUCUGAAGAAUCUGGUUAUUUCAUAUGAUGUCUCCUCUUCUGUAUAUUGGCCAGCGUAUCAGCAUGAAACACUUGCAUAUCAGCACCGACUUGAGAGUUUGAAGAUCAUUAUCAAGUAUAAUGAUGAUGAUGAUGAUGAUGAUGUAGAGACAGCCAUUUCUCUUGAUCCACCAAAGCUUGAAUUCCCUGAAAACCUUAAAAAGUUGUGUCUAAAAGGUUGUGGCGUUUCAUCGGAAUGCAUGACAAGUAUUGGUAAAUUGUCAAAUCUGACGGCUCUAAAACUGAGAUGUGGCGCAUUCUCUGGCCCAUCAUGGGAGAAUGUGGAAGGGGAGUUCCCUGAACUGGCGUUCCUACUUCUGGGAGAUUUACGUUUGACGACAUGGCUAACUGAUGAAGCUCCCUUCCCGCGUCUUGAAUGCCUUGUUAUAAGGUUGUGCCACAAGCUAAAGGAGAUCCCUUCUACCAUUGGUGAAAUAUCAACACUGGAGAAGAUCAAGUUGGUUGAAAAGUGCAGGAAAAUAUAGCCUAAAUUUUCAUAUUGAAGGGAAGAGAGAGGCAGGUGAAAUGAAUUUGGAGGCAGGAGGAGUCUUUCCCGGAAGGAUGCAGCUUAUUUCCGAUGUCAUCCAAAGCACAGUAUGUGAUAUCCUGCUUGUAGUGAUUGUCCUUGCCAUUGUGUUCAGGAUGUUUGAUCUCGGAACCACGCAGACUAAGCAUGACUCUGAUAGUAGUCGCCCGUGGCUCAUGUACUGACGAGGACUACAGAAGCAGAGAGAGAGUUUGGCUUAUGGAUAGCUUCUGGCCAUAUUUUUAGCUUGUUAGGUAUCCUUUGAUAAGAGUCUUGUAGUUUUCGCAUCUUUUAUUUCAUUGUUAUAUUUUGUUGAGUAGUUUGGAUUUGAUUUGUUUUUCAUGAUGAACUACUAAAAAGCAUGUCUUCCCCUUUGUUU